UCAGCCAAAGCAUCAGAGAGUGACGAUUCUGACUCCGAGGCAGAAAAAGGGACAAAAAAGAAAAAGGGAAAAGGGAAGAAGAAGAAGGAGGAGAGGCCUCCAUCCCCGGACAUUGAGUUUGACAGCCUGGAGGAGUUUGUCCUGCAGCCAGCCCAGCAGGGGGUGACUGUCAAAUGCAAGAUGACCCGGGACAAGAGGGGCAUGGACAAAGGCUUGUACCCCACAUAUUAUCUCCACCUCGACAAUGAAAAGAAGGUCUUUCUACUGGCUGGGAGAAAACGAAAGAAAAGCACAACCUCCAAUUACCUUAUCUCCAUUGACCCCACAGACUUGUCUAGGGAUGGAGAAAAUUUCAUUGGAAAGUUGAGGUCCAAUAUGAUGGGUACUAAGUUCACAGUGUUUGACAAUGCUCUGCAUCCAGACAGAGCUCUACCAGACAUGUCCAAUGCUCGCCAAGAACUAGCAGCCAUCAUUUAUGAAACUAAUGUCUUGGGAAUAAAGGGCCCCAGAAGGUUGACCGUCAUCAUCCCAGGAAUGGGCAAGGACAGUGAACGGGUACCCAUCCGACCUCGCAGAGACAACAACGGUUUACUGAUGAAGUUCCAGAACAGAAAGAUGGACAAUCUGAUCGAACUCCACAACAAGACCCCCACGUGGAACGACGACACGGCGUCACAUGUGCUGAACUUCAACGGCAGGGUCACACAGGCCUCCAUCAAGAACUUUCAGAUCAUCCACAGCAAAGAUGAGGCCUAUAUUGUGAUGCAGUUUGGACGAGUAGCAGAUGAUGCUUUCACUCUGGACUAUAGCUACCCCAUGUGUGCAGUGCAGGCCUUUGCCAUCGCUCUAUCCAGCUUUGAUGGCAAAAUAACCUGCGAAUAACAGGAAACCAUGGGCCCCUGUGCCGCCUCAAGCUGCUGCAACUCGUUAUAUUACACACUACCAGAAAGAAGAAUUUCCUUCACCACUCAACAUCAGUGCAAGGUACACAGAAGGAUGGACGUCCUAGACGAGAUGGGAAUCCAAGUGCAUUUGAUAACACAUGGACUGCCUUCUGGGAUUGUUUGGUUUGUUUGCGUCUCAUGCACAGGAGGCUGCCGAGAGGAGGGCGGCUCAUAAUAAUGGCCCGGAACUGAGCUGACGGAACGGCAUCUUGAAGACAGCUUGGCUGUCGAAACGUUGGUAAUUACAUUUUUGCAUCUGAGCUCCUAGAGUGUGCGGCUCUCUUUUAUUUUCAGGAAUGGCAUCAAACACCUGGAAACCAUGUGUUUGAUACCACUCCACUAAUUCCACUCCAGCCAUUACCACGAGCCCGUCCUCCCAAAUUAAGGCGCCACCAACCUCCUGUGGUCUCAUGAUAAUGAUAAUAAUAAACUUUUCUGGGAACAACGUUACUUUGUCCAUAGGAGAUCCUUGCUGAUGCUGCAUGCAAGGCUGAGCACUUGAGAUGUGGUGUGCUUUGGCAUUACACCAUUUCAGUUUCGGGGGAUGCAGACCAAUUGGGGUAUGAAAGUAACAUCUGAAGACUGGAAGCCUAUCUCCCUCCCAUCUACAUCAAGGAUUUUAUAGUAUAGUACAUGUCCAAUUCAUUCUGUUGUAUUUCGUUUGGAAGACAAAUCCAAUCAUGUGUAAUCUCAAGUCCAUUGGUAGAAAAACUGGUUCUUCGAGGACUUAUUUAGGCAUACUUGUUCUUAUUAUCAGUAGGGUUACGUUUGUUUCCAUGCAUUGUGUUAUGUCAACAUGAAAUUGACCUUAUUUUAGCUCAAUGUGUGCUUAUCAGAUGUCUACUCUAUGUUCAUGUUAGGGAUUUUUAUCACCAAUAUUAUGACCUUCUUAAACAAAUUAGAGGUUUCAUUGUGAACACUUAAGCGGCAGUGGCACAAGGCAAUAUGCUUGUACCAAUUGACUGUCGACAGUCACAAGUAUUUUACUAAUCUCAUUUGCUGUUCUCAUUCCACUCAAGCAACAAUUCUGUUGUUCUGAUACCUGCCUUUUUAUGUUCUCUCUAUGUACAGUUGAAGUCGGAAGUUUACAUACACCUUAGCCAAAUACAUUUAAACUCAGUUUUUCACAAUUUCUGACAUUUAAUCCUAGUAAAAUUCCCUUAGGAUCACCAUUUUAUCUUAAGAAUAUGAAAUGUCAGAAUAAUAGAGAAUGAUUUAUUUCAGCUUUUAUUUCUUUCAUCACAUUCCCAGUGGGUCAGAAGUUUUCAUACACUCAAUUAGUAUUUGUUAGCAUUACCUUUAAAUUGUUUAACUUAGGUCAAACGUUUUGGGUAGCCUUCCACAAUAAGUUUGGUGAAUUUGGGCCCAUUCCUCCUGACAGAGCUGGUGUAAAUGAGUUAGGUUUGUAGGCCUUCUUACUCACGCACACUUUUUCAGUUCUGCCCACAAAUUUUCUAUAGGUUUGAGGUCAGGGCUUUGUGAUGGCCUCUCCAAUACCUUGACUUUGUUAUCCUUAAGCCAUUUUGCCACAACUUUGGAAGUAUGCUUGGGGUCAUUGUCCAUUUGGAAGACCCAUUUGCGACCAAGCUUUAACUUCCUGACUGAUGUCUUGAGAUGUUGCUUCAAUAUAUCCAUAUCUUUCCGGCCUCAUGAUGCCAUCUAUUGUGUGAAGUGCACCAGUCCCAACUGCAGCAAAGCACCCCCACAUUUGAACCAGACUUGUGGAGGUCUACAAUUUUUUUUCUGAGGUCUUGGCUGAUUUCUUUUGAUUUUCCCAUGAUGUCAAGCAAAGAGGCACUGAGUUUGAAGGUAGGCCUUGAAAUACAUUCACAGGUACACCUCUAAUUGACUCAAAUUGUCAAUUAGCCUAUACUUUUCUGGAAUUUUCCAAGCUGUUUAAAGGCACAGUCAACUUAGUGUAUGUGAACUUCUGACCCACUGGAAUUGUGAUACAGUGAAAUAAUCUGUCUGUAAACAAUUGUUGGAAGAAUUACUUGUGUCAUGCACAAAGUAGAUGUCCUAACAGACUUGCCAAAACUAUAGUUUGUUAACAAGAAAUUUGUAGAGUGGUUGAAAAACUAGUUUUAAUGACUCCAACCUAAGUGUAUGUAAACCGAGAACUGUAUGUUCUCUCUUAGGCUAGAUUCUGACUUUGUAUGAAUCAUGUGGACAAGAGACUUAUAUUGACAGCUAUUGACAAACAUAAGGCUCCAUUAUUGUCGAUUUGAUAACGAUUCUUAAUGAAGGUAACAAUGCAUUUCAGUGUCUUGCGAACCAAAGUGCAGGCUUGGAGAUAAAUUCAUUAUUAUUUGAGCAUGUUAUCUGCAAAUAAAGUAUGACAUGUUUAAAACAAAUUCUUAUAAUAUAAUAAUAUAUAAGGAUAAGCGUAUACAGGAUAAGCGUAUUGUUGCACAAACAAUUUUAUUUUACACCUGCUACAUUAGGUUGCACAAAUCCAAAAAAUGACGCUGUAGUUUACUGUGCAUUUGACAGCCCUAUACUAGUGUUUACAUUAAAACUAAUUGGAAACUCAAUGCUAACUGUGGCCUGCAGUGAUUUGACUCUUGCUUUUGUCUGACAUCAAAAUAUUUGUAAUUGGAAAAUGUUUUUUUAUGACGAGAGAAUUGGUUACAAAUGUAUCAGCCGUUGGUUUUCUAGUUGUGGACUAUGGAGUGAGAUGUGUUUCUUUAUUCUGUAAAUAUGUCUACCUCGAUCUGUGCAUAUUCAGCAUAACUCACAAAUAAAACUGGUUAUGAAUUAAUAAAACUAU